UGACUUCUGUCGUUAGGGUUUAGGAGGUUUUUCCUUUUCUUUCUCUCCCUCCAAUUUUUCAUAUUCGUUCAUCGCUCUUCUCCAACUGUAUGCCAUCGUACCCCUUCCUCUAGUCAUCGACUCUGCUCUUUUACGUUCUCUCUGGUCAAAACAAACCAUUUCUCUAGAUUCAUGGGCGUCAUUGAUAUCUACAACGCCUCCUUUGCCUGCUUGAUUAAGUCAAGCACCAGCUCUCAACAGAUUGUGGCGCCUCAAUCGCACAGACCGAGUUAUUCGACCGAAGGAAACCGGAGGCGGGUCCUUGCUAUGGCCUCCACUGUUCCUUCGGUGGAACAUGUCAAUGAGGGUCAACAACGCUUAACAGGCGAUUCCUUCAUUCGAACCCAUUUGAGGAAAUUAUCGCCCUAUCAGCCCAUUUUGCCUUUUGAGGUAUUGUCAUCCCGUCUUGGAAGGAAGCCUGAGGAUAUCGUCAAAUUAGAUGCAAAUGAAAACCCUUAUGGUCCUCCCCCAGAGGUUUUUGAAGCUUUAGGCUCGAUGAAGUUCCCAUAUGUCUAUCCAGACCCUGAAAGCCGUCACCUGCGUGCUGCCCUUGCCAAAGAUUCAGGACUUGAAUCUGAUUAUAUUCUUGCUGGAUGUGGUGCGGAUGAACUCAUUGAUUUGAUUAUGCGAUGUGUGCUUGAUCCGGGUGACAAGAUUGUGGACUGCCCUCCGACCUUUACAAUGUAUGAAUUCGAUGCUGCAGUUAAUGGUGCACUUGUAAUCAAAGUUCCAAGGAAGGCAGACUUUAGCUUGAAUGUAGAACAAAUAACGGAUGUUAUUGAGAGGGAGAAGCCCAAAUGCAUAUUUUUAACUUCUCCAAAUAAUCCAGAUGGGAGUAUCAUUGAUGAUGAAGUUCUUAUGAAAAUCCUUGAGCUUCCCAUAUUGGUGGUGCUAGAUGAAGCAUACAUCGAGUUUUCAGGAAUGGAAUCAAGGAUGAAAUGGGUGAAGAAGCAUGAGAAUUUAAUUGUACUUCGGACAUUUAGCAAAAGAGCUGGUUUAGCUGGACUUCGAGUGGGAUAUGGUGCAUUUCCUUUGAGUAUUAUUGAGUAUCUGUGGAGGGCAAAGCAACCUUACAAUGUUUCAGUUGCUGCUGAAGUUUCUGCUUGCGCAGCUUUGCAGAAUCCCACAUAUCUUGAGAAAGUGAAGGAUGCUUUGGUACAAGAAAGGGAGAGGCUUUAUAAUUUUCUUAAGGAAGUGUCAUUUCUCAAUCCGUAUCCAAGCUAUUCUAAUUUCAUUCUUUGUGAGGUUGCAUCUGGAGUGGAUGCUAAGAAGCUAAAGGAGGACCUUGCAAAAAUGGGUGUAAUGAUCCGUCACUACAACAAAAAAGAAUUAAAGGGUUAUGUUCGCGUAUCUGUUGGGAAGCCUGAGCACACAGAUGCCUUGAUGAAGUGCCUGAGACUCCUCUCCUAGUCCUGUAACAAACUGUGCAGGGGGCAUUCCCUGCAUUCAUUUUAGGGAGCAAAAUCCGAUCAAGUAAAGUUUGAAAUUGUACUAUAUACAAAUAAAGCUUCCCCAAACCGUGAUAUUUACAUUGUUUUGGAAAGUAAAUGAUAUUUAUAUCGAAAAUUUCUUUUUGGUAAAAAGUGGAUGAUAUACAUUGAUGUUUUAACAA